AUGACAUCCACAGAUGAAUUAAUUCAGAAAGCUACGGAUACCGAUAAGAAUGAGGUGGAAUGUGAUUCGCAAGAAGAGAGCUUUCUGUUUCGGGUACCUUUGCUAGAAAGCUACCACCGACUGCAGCACGAUGCUGAUGCAGUAAACCAGCCUCCUCCUGCCAUACCAGAAGCAUUGUUAGAUGCCCCACCAAGUAUGAUUGAACGUUUUCAGAGCGAAGGUUUUUGCGUCUUUCCUGAGGUGCUUUCGCUAAAGGAUGUCCAUGCACUAAACGAUCGAUUGGAAGAUGUGUUGCGAGGGCAAUAUGACCGCAAAGCGGCUCCAGACAAGAUUCCGAAGAAGAUCAAAACGCCAAAACCGCCGAUGAAAACUUCGGACGCUGAGGAAAAGAAGAGCGAGAAUGGAGACGAAGACGAUACGCCAACGAACGCUGGGUCAAAGAAGAAAAAGAAGAGCAAGGGAGGUUGGGUUGGUCCCAUUGGGUUUUCGGGAAACUAUCAAAAUGUCAAAGUAUUGCAAAUCAUUAACAUCCAUAAGGCUGACUCCUUGUAUCGGAGACUGGAAACCAACCCACAAUUGGCGCACUUGGUGGCACAGCUAGCCCAAUGGCCUCAAGGCGCUCGCUUGGCCCAAGAUCAAGUCUGGGCGAAACCACCGGGAGCACCACCGCUGGUCUUUCAUCGGGACUCGCCCUAUUUCAUGUUUGACCCCAACGAUGUGGUCACGGUAUGGAUUGCCCUGGACGACAUGUUGGAAGAGUUGGGUCCGCUGGAAUAUGUUGUAGGCAGUCACAAAUGGGGCGACGGUCGGGUAGGAUCGGCCAGUCAAUUCUUUCAAGCGUCGAACGUUCACAAUUUGCUUCAGUCAGCUGCCUCUUGUGAAGGAUUAGCUAUGGAUGACUUGACCAUUAUUAGCAUGAAAGGAAUCAAAGCAGGAAGUUUGUCAAUUCAUCACGGCAAGAUUUGGCAUGGAUCCAACAAGAACCAAAGCAAGACAAAACCACGACGAGGAUUGGGAUUACACUUUGUGCCGGCCAAUGUGAAGUUUACUCGAGAAGCACAGCAAAGUAAACUAUGGAAGCCCUACGUGGAAGGGGUAGCGGACCCUUCCAAAGUAGAGCUGUCUCAAGAAAAUUUUCCCAUUUGUAAAUGGUAG